GUUCCUGAAAUCUCGCUUUCGUCUCGUCGUAUACAAAUAAUGCCUUCGAGGGGAUCAUCCGGCCGCUCCAAGGUAGACAGAUCUACCAGCCCUCUGUCACGGAAACCGCAAACGGCUCCUGUGAAUCCGGUGCAGGAACUGCAGGCCCUCUUCGCCGAGCCCGUGGUGAAUACCAACACCGGCACCACCACUACCGUUAUCUCCAAUGGAGGCGAGAAGGAGUCGGAUUUCCGAUUCGAGGCCAUACAAUGCCUACGAUCCUCCGUCGUCAAGAAGACCAAAGACUUGCCGGAACGAGGAAGCUGGAGCAGCAAGAUCGAGUUCAUCCUGUCCGUCGUGGGACUGGCCAUAGGCUUGGGAAACCUAUGGCGGUUUCCUUACCUCUGCUAUAAGAACGGCGGUGGCGCUUUCAUGGUGCCUUACUUCAUCGCGCUUGGCCUGGCGGGUAUACCCAUGUUCCUGAUGGAGCUGUCUCUGGGACAGAUGAUGACAAUCGGCGGCCUCGGUGUCUUUCAGAUAGCGCCGCUCUUCAAAGGCAUCGGAUACGCCACCUGCGUGCUCUCCUGCUGGACUAAUGUUUACUACAUCAUCAUUCUCGCUUGGGCGCUCUUCUACUUUCUGGUCUCCUUGCGAGCCGACGUACCUUGGCGAAGCUGCGAUAACUCAUGGAACACGCGCUACUGCAUCACAUCUGAUGCGCUGUGCUGGCAAAACGAGUUGUCGAACGACACCAUGUGCGCCACGUCCAUCGGAAAUUUGAGCACCACGUUCCUAAAAGAUCCAGUCAAGGAGUUUUGGGAGAGACGAACUCUGCAGAUCUCCGCGGGUGUCGAGGCAGUGGGUAGCAUAAGAUGGGAAUUGGCUGGGACAUUAGCGGUCGUGUGGAUUAUGUGUUAUUUCUGCAUCUGGAAAGGCGUCAAGUGGACCGGCAAGGUCGUCUACUUCACGUCGCUCUUCCCGUAUGCGCUGCUGGCUGUGUUGUUGGUACGAGGCUUAACACUUCCUGGCGCUUCAGAAGGCUUGAAGUAUUACGCCACUCCGAAUCUCUCGAAACUCGGCGAUCCCGAGGUGUGGAUAGAUGCGGUGACGCAGAUAUUCUUUACUUACGCUCUCGGUCUAGGCGCGCUGGUAGCACUAGGCAGUUACAAUAAGUUUAACAAUAACGUUUACAAGGACGCUCUCAUCAUAUGUUGUGUGAAUACUUGCACUAGUUUGUUGAGCGGUGUUGUUAUAUUCUCCGUGGUCGGUUUCAUGGCUCACGAACAGCAGAAACCGGUGGCCGAUGUAGCUGCUUCUGGACCCGGUCUGGCGUUUCUGGUUUAUCCCUCAGCGGUUCUGCAGCUACCCGGAGCCUCGGUCUGGUCGUGCCUCUUCUUCUUCAUGCUCCUUCUGAUAGGCUUGGAUAGUCAGUUCUGUACGAUGGAGGGCUUUGUCACCGCUGCCGUGGACGAGUGGCCGCGAUUACUAAGGAAGAGGAAAGAACUGUUCAUCGCGAUCGUAUGCUUGAUCUCCUACUUGAUUGGAUUGCUGUGCGUCACGGAGGGCGGUAUGUAUGUGUUCCAACUGCUAGACACGUAUGCCGUCAGUGGGUUCUGUCUGCUCUUCCUAAUGUUCUUCGAGUGCAUCUCUGUGUCGUGGGCGUUUGGUGUAAAUCGAUUCUAUGACGGCAUACGGGAUAUGAUAGGUUAUUAUCCAUGCUUCUGGUGGAAGAUUUGUUGGACGUUCACCACGCCUGCUAUCUGUGUGGGCGUCUUCAUCUUCAACAUCAUCAAGUUCGUGCCCGUGAAAUACCUCUCGUACGAAUUUCCAUGGUGGAGUCACUUAUUGGGUUGGCUUGCGGGCCUUUCCUCGAUGCUAUGCAUUCCAGGCUACAUGAUCUAUAUCUGGUACGUUACACCAGGAACUACCUCAGAGAAAUAUCGAAAAUUGAUAAAAAUAGAGGACAACGUAGCCGCAUUACGGAAGAAACUCAAUCCAUCCAAAGCUGCUGUCAUCAACGCCGAAUUUGAAUUAUAAAACCGCAUUCGUUCUACUCACGAUCGCGGAUGCGGGAAUGCGGGUCGCGCAGUGUACGAAUUUACGACGAAAACUCAGAGAGCUCAGGAGCUCGUUGCAGAGAAACGGAGGGAUCCAAGCGCAACGAGGAAUGCGAAACGGACUGGAGAUAAAUUAGAUUUCGCUCUCGAGUAGCACCGAGAGAGAUAAGGUAUACCGUGUGUGUCUCAUUCACUUCGGCACAAGUAACAUCGAGCGACGUUUAUUAAUUAAACUGAUAUAUCAUAUACCUCUUAUAAUCCGCCUUCAAACAACAUAUCGUAUAAAAAGGAACAAAGACAAUAAUAAUACGCUUCACAAUAA